AUAUAGCAUGUAAUGUUUAAAGUUUAAGUUUUUGUAUUUUCAUUGGUGUUUUUAGUAACUAUUGACUCAUGGCUAGCUUUUAAAAAUUGACUCGACUAAAUAUUAAAAUGCAAAUUUUUGGUCAAUUUAUGUGGCGUAGCAACAGUUAAAAAGCAGAUGUUUGCUUUGCUUGUUAUUUUCAGGUUCUAUUUCGUCAACACUAUUAAGUAGAAACAUCUCCUGUUAUGGGAAAAAGACAAAGCACUUUAUCCGAACAACACUUGGAAAGACUUCGAUCUAAGACUCAAUUCUCCGAUGACGAAAUCAAAAAAUGGCAUGAUAUAUUCAAAAAAGACUGUCCCAGUGGUAAAAUGUCUCGAACAAAGUUUGAGGAGAUAUACUGCAGUUACUUUCCUGAUGGAGACGCAAAGAAAUUUGCAAGACAUUGUUUUCGAACAUUUGAUAAAAACAACGAUGGAACGAUAGACUUUCGAGAAUUUUUGUGCAGUUUAUCAAUUAUUUCUCGUGGUUCACAAGAAGAAAAGCUAAAAUGGGCAUUUUCAAUGUAUGAUAUUGAUGGUAGUGGUACAAUAAACAGGGAGGAGAUGUUGGAAAUAGUUCGUGCAGUUUUUAAAGUAACAGGAAGGACAAAAGUUAAGUUAUCAAGAGAUGAAAGUUCACCAGAAAGAAUGGCUCAUAAAAUAUUUUCGCUCUUAGAUUCCAAUAAAGAUGGUAAUAUCAGUGAAGCUGAAUUUGUUGCUGGAGCUAAACAAUAUCCAACUUUUAUGAAACUUCUAGAAAACCCAAGUGGUAUUUAAUGUCAAUUUAAAUGAAUCAAAAGUUUGAUCAACAACUUUCUAUUCACAUAAAUGAUGCUCAAAUUAAAGUGACUGUUUUAUUCUCGAUGUAAAUUGUAUCAAUAUAUAGGAAUUAGGAAUAGCAAAACCAAAUCAUUUGCCAGUUUGCUUGUUAUAUUAUUUUAUAUUAUAUUAGCUACAAGGCCAAUUUUAAUAUUAUAUAUGCUUGCCAGGCAGCUGUGAAAUUUUA